GAGUCUAAUAGAUUAAAGAAGAGAAAAUAUAUUAGUACAUGCAAUGAGAUGCAUAAGCAUAAGCAUAAGUAUUGAAUUCCAUGGUGUCCUCCCAACUGUCCAACCUCCCUACUUAAUUCUGUUGAUUUUUCAGCUCAUCUACCUUACCAGUUAAGUACUACCAUACUAUUCAUUCCCACACUACUCUCUUACCAUAAAUCCAAUACUCUUCUUCUCUCUUUUUUCAUAAACAAAAAACCACUCUCUCUGUUUUCUCUCUUCACAUUUCAUAUCAAGAAAACAUGGAUUCCUGCUGUAUAAUCAGUAAGCUCAAAACUCAACCUUUCUGGUUCCUACUUUUCUUCUCCCUCGGUCUCUUCACAAUUCUCAGAUUCACUCUCAUUCUUCUCAACUGGGUCUAUGUCAAUUUUCUCAGACAACCCAAAAAUCUCAAAAAGUAUGGAUCUUGGGCACUCGUUACUGGACCCACCGACGGCAUUGGAAAAAGCUUCGCUUUUGAACUCGCUCGUAAAGGUUUGAACCUAAUCCUUGUCGGUCGCAACCCCGACAAACUCAAAGACGUUUCAGAUUCUGUUAAAGCUAAGUUCGGAAAAACCGAGGUUAAAACUGUUGUUGUUGAUUUUGCCGGUGAUCUUGAUGAGGGUGUGAAUAGAAUUCGUGAAACGAUUGAAGGGUUGGAUAUUGGGGUUUUGAUUAAUAACGUGGGAAUUUCUUACCCUUAUGCGAGGUUUUUUCAUGAAGUUGAUGAAGAGCUUUUGAAGAAUUUGAUUCAGGUUAAUGUUGUUGGAACUACUAAGGUUACUCAAACUGUUUUACCUGGAAUGAUAAGGAGAAAAAAAGGAGCAAUUGUUAAUAUUGGUUCUGGUGCUGCUAUUGUUAUUCCUUCUGAUCCACUUUAUGCUGUUUAUGCUGCCACAAAAGCGUACAUAGAUCAAUUUUCUAGAUGUCUCUAUGUUGAAUACAAGAACAAAGGGAUUGAUGUGCAGUGUCAGGUUCCAUUAUAUGUUGCAACAAAGAUGGCAUCAAUCCGGAGAUCUUCGUUUUUUGUUCCAUCAACAGAUGGUUAUGCCAAAGCAGGUGUGAAAUGGAUCGGAUAUGAACCUCGUUGCACACCAUACUGGCCCCAUACCCUUCUUUGGGCCGUGGCUUGCUCGUUGCCUGAGUCUAUAGUUGAUGCUUGGCGCCUACGAUUUUGUAUCGGUAUUAGAAAGAGGGGUCAGCUCAAAGAGUCAAGGAAGCAAGAAUAAAACGAUACUUGUUUGUUUGUUUGUAUUAUGUAGGCGUAGAUGUUGUUGCUGAUAACUGCACACUGCUGCUAGUAGAUCAUGUUUCGAAGUUGUGAAGUUGUUUCAUGUGUUUCUAGUUUUACUUUUACUGUUGUUGGUCUUAAUGAGUAUCGAAUUGUGUUGCCUAUUCUUUUUUCAUGCCACAA